GACCCGUUUCACCUCAUCUAGAAUCUUCCAUGGUUCAAUAUGUUAAGUUUAAACGUUAUCUAUGAGCCUAUGACCACCCUUAUCUCUACAAACCUGGUUUCACUUCACUUACAACGUUCAUCUUCCUCUCCAAUUUCACGGGACAGACAGUGUAUAAAUGGCAUCAACUUUCGUAACCAUGUCCGCUGUCGGGUCUUUGACAUCUGUUGGAACCCAAAUUGACAAGAAAAGUUUCAUCUCAUCACAUAAAUUGUCUUCUUUGAGUUGCAUAUCGUCGACUUCAUUAAGAGGGAAUCAAAGUUAUGUAGUACCAAGGAAAAGGUAUUCCUUAAGGAUUAACGCGGCAACAAAACGAUUGCAUUUCAAUAAAAAUGGUGCUGCUAUUAGGAAACUACAGGCGGGUGUGAAUAAGCUAGCAGAUGUUGUUGGUGUUACUCUCGGUCCUAAAGGAAGGAAUGUAGUUUUAGAGAGCAAGUAUGGCUCUCCUAAAAUCGUUAAUGACGGUGUAACUGUGGCCAAGGAGAUUGAACUUGAAGAUCCUGUUGAAAACAUUGGUGCUAGGCUUGUAAGAGAAGCUGCAUCAAAAACUAAUGAUUUAGCUGGUGAUGGGACUACUACAUCAGUAGUCUUAGCGCAAGGUUUGAUUAACGAAGGUGUUAAGAUUGUGUUAGCUGGGGCUAAUCCUAUACAAAUAGCCAAAGGGAUUGAAAAUACUGCAAAAGGUUUGAUAUCUGAGUUGAAGUUGAUGUCCAAAGAGGUUGAAGACAAAGAACUUGCGGAUGUUGCUGCUGUUAGUGCUGGAAACAACUAUCAAAUAGGAAAUAUGGUUGCCGAUGCUCUAAGCAAAGUGGGGCGCAAGGGUGUAGUGACUCUCGAAGAAGGAGCAAGUGCUACAGACAGCUUAUAUGUUGUUGAAGGAAUGCAAUUUGACCGUGGCUAUUUCUCACCGUACUUUGUCACUGAUAGUGAGAAAUUGAUUGUUGAGUAUGAAAAUUGUAAGAUCCUGAUGGUUGACAAGAAGAUUACAAAUGCAAGAGAGCUUGUUAAUGUCUUAGAAGAUGCAAUUAAAAACAACUACGCAAUUUUGGUUAUGGCGGAAGAUAUAGAGCAAGAACCUCUUGCAACCCUAGUUGUAAACAAACUCAGAGGAUCUCUUAAGAUUGCUGCAAUGAAAGCACCUGGUUUUGGAGAUCGGAGGCACCAAUAUCUUGACGAUAUUGCUGUCCUUACCGGAGGAACUGUAAUCAGAGAUGAGGUUGGUUUGUCAUUGGACCAAGCUGGUAAAGAGGUGUUGGGCCAUGCUGCAAAAAUUGUGCUCACCAAGGAAACAGCUACCAUUGUUGGGGAUGGAAGUACACAAGAAGCAGUUGCUAUGAAAAUUUCUCAGAUUAAGAAGCAAAUUGAGAACGAAGACUCGGCUUAUGAAAAAGGCAAACUAAAUGAAAGAGUUGCUAAACUUACCAGUGGUGUUGCUGUUAUUCAGGUUGGAGCACGAACUGAAACUGAGCUUAAAGAAAGGAAGCUGAGAGUAGAGGAUGCACUUUGUGCAACAAAGGCAGCGGUAGAGGAAGGUAUAGUUGUAGGUGGAGGGUGCACGUUACUGCGCCUAUCAACUAAAGUUGAUGCCAUAAAGGCAACUCUUGGAAAUGCAGAGCAAAAGCUUGGAGCAGAUAUUGUCAAAAGAGCGCUUAGUUAUCCACUGGAUCUGAUUGCCAAGAAUGCAGGAGUUAAUGGAGCUGUUGUAAUAGAAAAGGUGCUCUCUAAUGAUGACCCAAGAUUUGGAUACAAUGCUGCAACAGGAAAAUACGAGGAUCUGAUGGCUGCUGGAAUCAUCGAUCCUGCUAAGGUGGUAAGGUGUUGCUUGGAGCAUGCUGCGUCUGUAGCAAAGACGUUCCUCACAUCAGAUGCCGUAGUUACUGAAAUCCCAGAGCCUGAACUUGCACCUGCUGAAAACCCCAUGGACAACUCUGGUUUUGGGUAUUAAGCUCUGUGUAUACAGUUCUGAAUACAAUCUUCAACCAUAAUUGGUGAAUAACCAUCAAAGUUGCAGAACUGCAUGUGUUUUGACAAGGAUUGUUGAAUAUCAGGAUCGGAAUAAAAACACAAUUCGAAUGAUGAGGAAAUUUUGAGAAACAAGAUGUUGUGUUUCUUGUUGGUGUUUGGUAUUUUGUUGAGCAGUUUUGAGAUGGCUAGUGGGAGUUUUGGUGUUAUUUUGUUGAGCAGUUUUGAGAUGUAGGCAGAUGUAGGUGGUGAUACCAGUGUGUGAAGCUAACUUAUCCCAAUUUUGAGUACAAAAUUAACAAUUACAGAGCCAAUUUUGAAGUGAUGAACUGAUUAGAAGCUGCUCAAAUAGACAAACUGUUUACUUUCUCAA